AUGGAGGAUGCAGCUGGCUUUGACGACGAGGCCGGCCACUUGGACCACGUCGGCGGCCCGACGGCCCAGGACCUUCGGCAUCCUCUCGGUCACCUUUGCAGCGGAGGAGUGACCGAGCUGCGGUGGGCCCUGCUGCUCAUUCCGAUCGGUGCGGCAGCCGUGGGCCCGGAGCUUCAGCUCCUAGAUUUGUCGGACUGCAAGCAGGCUUUCUUCCUUGUGGGUCGCCGACAAUGGUCAGAUCGUCAGGAUGCCCAGCGGGCACUUUUGCACAUGGUUUGCUUUGCUGAUUGCUUCCGGCUCCUUGCCUUUGACCGUGCCGGUGUGCCAGGCUGGGUGCACUUGGGCUACGUUUUGAAUAAGGCCAACAUCAAAGAUGCCAUCUGCCAACUGCUGCAGACAAAGGCGGAACAAGGUGCCGCGACUUUCUUGCGGUGUCUGCAGAUGUUCAAAGCAGCAGUGUCCAAGCAAGCCCCUUUGGCAACGCUCGGCAAUCAGAUUGUUGAUGGAGAUGUGCUGGAGGACUGCAUUUCGGCGGUUCGUGCUGGCGGUGAUUUCCCUCUGCCACCUCCCCUGCUUGAGGGCGGCCGUGAGGAUAGCGAGUUGGAUAAAGAGAUUGCUGCCGCUGUGGCAGAGCCUAGUCCUUUAGUCUCUGACGCAUUGGAGAUGCUUUUCCUACGAUUGGAGCCUGACUACUUGACGGUGGUCAAGGUCCAGCCGACGGCGGAGCGGAAUGUGGAUGGCUACCAGCAUCUGCUGUGUGUGAAAGACGUGUGGAGCCAGUUGAGCAUGGCAACCAGCUUUUUUGCCUGGUACUCCAAGAACGAGAGCUCCGGCACACUCAAGCAGCAUGCUGAUUCCUGGGGGCUCAGUCGCAAGCACAUAGUGCGACACGAGAACUACAAAGGCAGUCAAGAAGCUUUCACAUGGCCGGGCUUGAAAUAUGACUGUGUCUCAACCGCCGGCUUCCUGCUUCUGAUUGGAACCCUGGCACAGAUUCGUGGUUUGGCUGAGAACGUACAGAGCAGAUGUGUCAGUCUGCUUCGUCGCAUGACGGGACUCCUGGAGUUCUCAGACGGGCUGAAGCUGCUUCCCACUUUGACGUUGGCGGUCCAGGAUGGCCAGGUCAUGCUCAAGAGCUUUCUCAAGCUCUUCGACCGCGAGCUACGAGCCUCGCUGAAGCAGAGGUGGGAAAACUGCGUCGCUCUGGGCACAAGUCGCAAGAACCUGGGCGGGUACGUCCCUGUUGCAGAUGUAUGCUGGUUUCUGAUGAGACUCCGAGCUGAUUCAGAUGGCCUUUCUCAGGUCCCAGUCACGAGGCUACAGAAACGCAUCUUGCAUAUCUUGGCCCAGGCUUGGGAGAGCGGCAUGUGCGAUGGCUCCAUACACCUGCGAGAUACGCCACCGCGGCAGCAGGAGGAGCCAGGUCAGACGCCAUGGUCGUCCGGGUCGCGAACCCGGAACGCGAACUUGGCGAGGCAAGAACUGUUGAAAAGAUUCUUGGCCAGGGGCGGAGGCUUCGUGACUGGAUUGAGAAAUCGCUCCAAUUCCGAGAUCUGCCCUACAGACCUUGAGCUGCCGGGUACGCUGGGGAAAAGCUUGGGCGCUUGUGCUGCACACCAGUACUUGACCGGCUACUUUCUGGACGCCCGGAGUGCCUUGAUGAAGAAGCUUUCCGUGCAGAAGUUUCGACACAUGAGCAUGUACGAGGAUGCUGCGAAGGUCGGCACAUACGAGGUGCUUCAAGUGCUGGUGUCCGCGGAUGGCUUGAUGAUCUCCUCGCCCAUCAGUUUGCUACCCCAGCUCAAAGAGACCACCGAGAGCAGUGCUGCAGAGAACUUGGCGAAGGCGGCAGAACUGGUGCCGAAGAAGGCAUUGCAGGAUCUCAAAGGCGCCAAGGCCUCCUGUGGCCCUGCGACUUUGAGUGCACCUGAGAAAGUUGCGACACGUUCCAAGCUCCUUGCAAUCAAUCAUUCGCUCAAUGCUCUGAUUGAUUAUCGCCUGGCUGACAGCCUGCCGCCGCAUGCUUUUCGGCCCUGCCGGAAUGGGGAACGAAGGAGCACCGUUCACUGGAAUGGAUUGGACUUGCCCUAUGUUUGGUCGCCGACAGGGGUGACCUGGCAGACAACCCAGUACCCAGGCUGGCAAUCCAUCCUGAGGCUGAACUGCUUGCAGGACGAGGGGGACGCAGCCGGAGCGUACCAGAUGGCGCAAAAUGGGCUGGCGGUGCUUGUCCACCGUGACACUCUACACAAACUACACAGAGAAGAAAUUCUCGCUUCGUCAGAGGUGGCAGAGAUUGCACUGGCACGCAAGCAGAUCAACCUCGUCUUGAAAUUCGACCGAGCGCCUUGGGCAACUUCUGCAUUUGGGCGUAGGCUGGCCGAAGCCAGAGACCGUGUGGGUGAAAUCCCCACUGAUCAUCCCUUGAUUGACAUGGUCAGUGCCGGAAUCAUUUCCGACCUGGGGCUCUCGCCGGAUGCUUCACCGGCUCAAGUCAAAGAGGCGAUCCUUGCCUUUUGCCGCUCCAAGCGCGGCAGCACUGGUGCAGAGCACAAGACCGGCAGGUGGUGCGACCUGCUGGACUCCUUCCGCCGCUUGAGAUCCGAGUGGCAUUGCCGCCUGUUCGUGCUUCUAUUUGCAAUGAUCUUGGAAGGAAGAAAUCCGUGGAGUGCACUCUCCGAGAGCUUGGACAAGGCUGGCUCGGACGACGAUGUUGCUCUGGCUCCCAAGGUCCUUAGGGUGCGAGAAGAUAAGUCCGUGGAGGGAAGUCUCCGUCUUCGUUCGUACGUGGUCAAGCAUUGGCCAGACUUGAUCCGGGAUACUUUGAAGUCUGCCUUGAGCCCAGAGAGCAUCCAAGACUUGAUCUGCAAUGUCGACGACACCGAGCAGCUCUUGGCAGUGCAUUGGAGACACACCAUAGCCACAGUUCAGCGAUUCUGGGAUUAUUCUACUCUGUAUCAGUUUUUUCCCUGGCGAUUUUUCAUGCUCCUCGAUUGCAAUCCCGAUGUCGCCAAUCGGUGUUUGAAGGAAAUGGAGUCAGAGUGGGUUUUUUUGUGUCGAAUGGAGGAGAAGUGUCGCGAUGCCAGCGACCAGUAUCCUCUCAAAGCCGUGCCGCAUGUACGAUGGCACGUGUAUCGUGAGGUUAUGACAUACUGCCAGGAGAGGCGGUGGCGACUGACUGACGAUCUGAAAGACCUGGUGCGAGCUUGGCUAGCUGAUCCUUCGAGCACAUUGGGCUGCGAAAAUUGCUUUCGCAGCCUACGUCUGGGAGAGAGAGGCCAAUCUGGAGGCGAAAUUGCGCCUGUGCAGCUGCAAACUGCAUCGAUACAGGCAGUGGCCGAGCGAUACGAGAACUUCGAGACCAUCUCUCCAUCGCCAUCUCUUGUGCAUUCAGUGCCGAUGAAGCAAGUCAUCAAGACUUCGAUUUUCACCGCGAAGCGCGACACUGCAGCUGACACAGGAUUGGAGAACUUCAAUGCAAUCGCUCGCGAGGCGGCUACCUCGCCUUACCAUUUCAAUCGCAAAGCCUUAAACGUGUGGUCGACAUGCAAGAGGCUGGACGGUGAUAUGUCCAGAACCUGGGUCACGGAGCUCGCCAGGCCUGCUCAGGUCUGGCAGUGUCGACAGGACUUGUUUCUCGUGGUGGAUGCUCCGUACGUGGUGCUGCGAGUCUGCUCUUUGCUGAGGCAAACGAAGGUGGUCGAUGGCCAAAACCAUCAUGUGGCUGUCAUCCCAACCAGUGCUUUUCAGAUGAAGGAUAUCAACCCGGCCGACCCCGACGAUUGGUUUCUGCUGCCUGCCGAGCCCAUGCUGCUGAAUGCCAGAGAGAUGGUCUUGAAGCUGGGAGAUCCGCAACCUAUCAUCAACUAUGCCUUGGAGAACUAUGCAUGCAGAGCUUUGGCUGUGCAUCAGUUUGGUACCCUUGUGGACGGACUUUCUGCCAAUGCGUUGCGGAUGCUGUGCACUGCUAAAGGGAGUCCUGCCAAAGGCAACAUGACGAAGAAAGCAACGUGCGAGCAUCUCUUGAAGCACAUGGGCUAUGACGAGGGCAAAGCAGCGAGCAUUCUUGCAACCUUCAAGCAGACGACGAAAGCCACCGAGGAAAUGGAAAACGAUGAUGACAUUGAUGAUCCCGGUGGAAACUCGGCUGUGCUGGGCAUGGACACGGUCUGUGAAGCUGAACUCUUGAGCAAGCUGCUCUCGAGGAUGGAGAAAAAGGAGACGGAUGCAACUGCAGCGCCUCAGAAUGACAAGGCUUCUGCCUCUGCACCUCCUUCGAAACGUGCAAAAACUUCGCGGGCCGAUGCAGCUCAGCAUGGACAGUCGUCGGUGAUCCCAUGGCCGGCGGAGGAACGUGGAUCCAAGGAAGGGGCGGCCUCCAUUUUGGAGGUGCCGCCGGGUUGCCGGAUUGGUCACAAUGCACCCCUUGCUGCAUCACCAUUCUUGCAAGGAUUUCUCCCAGAGGGACAAGUCUGGAGGAAUGGAAAAAACAGCAUAUCCCGAGCUUACAAGCCUGCAUCCACAAGUUCGACGGUUUCCAUUCGUGUUGCUCGCUCUUACGAUCAGGCCAAAGCAGAGGUUUCGGAAUGGCUUUGGUCGUGGUGGGAGGCCAAGGGCAAGCCCGGAUGCGGUACAGAAGCCGAGACAUCCGAGCCACCGGCCCGACCGGCCAAGCAGCAAAAGAAGUGA